CGAAACUGAGAGGCAGGCGCGCAGACCCAGCUGGGCUGCGGCGGACGGCGGCGGCGCGGCCCCAGGAGCGGAGGGGCGUCAAGGUGCGCGCACAUCCCACGUCCCCAGCCCGGGAUCGGUCGCAGGUUCCUGAAAAGAAGAAAUGGCCAAUGACCUUCCACCAGGCUGCUUCAUAGAAGAACUUAAUACCUACAGUCAGAAGCACAACACCGAAGUUAAGUAUUACGAAUUGUCUAAGGCAGGACCUGCACAUGACUUAACGUUUACAUUUAAAGUUACAAUAAAUGGCAGAGAAUUUCCAGCAGCUGAAGGCAGAUCAAAGAAGGAGGCCAAAAAUGCUGCAGCCAAGUUAGCUCUUGACAAGCUUAAUGUAGAAAGCAAGCCGACUAGUUCUUUAUCACCAUCAACAACAGAUUCUUCAAGAGGAUCAUCCACUAGGAAUUAUCUAGGCUUUAUUAACACGUUUGCACAGAAGACAAAACAAUCAGUAAAUUAUGAACAAUGCGAACUGAGGGAUGCUGGGCCCGGAAGAUUUCUUUGUAAAUGCAAAAUUGGACAAGAAGAAUAUGGCACUGGUAUAGGUUCUACUAAACAGGAGGCAAAACGAUUGGCUGCUAAACUUGCACAUGAUCUGAUAAAAUCAAAAGAAGCCUCACGGAAAGCUGAUCCAGUAUCCUCUGGAUCUCUCACUGUUGGGCCUAAUGACAUCGGAAGCAACACUUUGGUGACAAGCAUAUUUACUUGUGAAUCACCGUCUGAAAAUGGCUUCUCAGCAAAUACAUCAGAAAGCAAUUGUAACAGUGACAGUUUAAACGAUUCUUCUUCUUCUAUGAGCAGUAUCAGAAGUAAUUCCAGGAAGGUGAAAAGGAGAAGUUUGGCACCUAAAUUUGACUCUCCUACGAUAGAGAGAAGCAAGUAUACUACGGACAGCAGGUUUGCUGGUGAUUUUACAGAAAUAGAACCAAUCGGCUCAGGUGGAUAUGGCCAAGUUUUCAAAGCAAAACACAGAAUUGAUGGGAAGAUAUAUGUUAUUAAGCGUGUUAAGUAUAAUGACAAGAAGGUAGAGCGGGAAGUAAAAGCUUUGGCGACACUUAGUCAUGCAAAUAUUGUUCACUACUAUAGCUGUUGGCAUGGGCUUGAUUAUGAUCCUGAGGACAGCAUAAAUACUUCAAGGGCAAACACUAUGUGCCUUUUCAUCCAAAUGGAAUUCUGUGAUAAAGGGACAUUGGAGCAAUGGAUUGACAGCAGAAGAGGCAAGCAACAAGACAAAUGUUUGGCUUUGGAAUUAUUUGAACAAAUAACAGCAGGAGUGGAUUAUUUACAUUCAAAAGAGUUCAUCCACAGAGACCUGAAGCCGGGUAACAUAUUUUUAGUAGAUAAAAAUCAAAUAAAGAUUGGAGACUUUGGACUUGUAACAUUCCAGAAGAGUGAUGGAAUGCGGACGGGUAAUAAGGGAACUGUUCGAUACAUGAGCCCAGAACAGAUUUCUUCACAAGAAUAUGGAAAUGAAGUGGACCUCUUUGCUUUGGGGCUAAUUCUUGCAGAACUACUUCACAUAUGUACCACUGUUUUGGAAACAUACAAGGUUUUUAAUGAUUUAAGGAAUGGUAUCUUCCCAGAUGUAUAUGAUUAUAAAGAAAAAAUUCUUCUACAAAAAUUACUCUCAUCUGACCCCAAGAAACGACCUAAUGCAUCUAAAAUUCUGAAGACUUUGGAGGAGUGGAAGAGUGUUACUGGGAAAAAGAAACUAAACACAUAUUAGAGGGCUUCUAUAAACGUAUCCUGCUUCUGAUAUUUGAUUUUUCUGUAAUUGUUCAAAAUCUUUUAGGGAAUAUCAAUGGUGUUUAUCUUCUAUUUUAAUUUUGCUCUUAAUUUUUUACUAAAUUUACAGAAAGGUUUGCAUUUUUUUUUUACUUCAAAACCUUCUUAAAUUUGACUUUUUCCUGGAUCAUCUCCUUAUUAAGAAGAUGGGAGGGAAAAUCCCUCAAAUUUUCUUUUUUAUGUCAAUUAAUGAAUUAAUCAGUUAAUAGAUGUUGAUCAUACAUUCACUGUUUCUAGGUCACAAAAUAUAAGAUCUUCCCCUGUCCUAAAUAGCUCUCAACAAGUCAGUCAAGAAAUACAGUAUCCAUAAAAAAAUAAGUGAUACACAACCACUUUGGAAAAUAAUCUGGUGUUGAUUGUCUAAGUAACAUUGAAGGUCUAUGUACCCUCAAAGCCAUCAAUUCUGAUCUUACAUACAUGUCUACAAGAAUGUUCAUGGAAAACCUGUUUAAGACAGCCAAGAAACAGGAAACAAUGCUAAUGUCUAUCACAGGAAGAAUGGGUACAUAGACUGUAUUAUAUUCACCCUUUGGAAUACUUAUAUAGCAGUGAAAAUAAAUGAAUUACAGCUAAGUGCCAUAAAACAAUACAUCUUUCAGGAACAUAAUGUUAAGAAAACACCGCAGGUUACAGAAAAUACAUACAGAAUGAUUGCAUUCAUAUAAAGUUCCAGAACAUUUUAAAUGAAGUAAUUUUGUUAAUCCAAUCAAAUGUAGUUAAAACAAUAAAGGGAAGGAAGGGAAUAAAAGAUAUUAAGUUCUGAUAGUGGUUAUCUCUGAGGAGGGACAGGAGUGAUGUUAUUUGGGAAAUGGACUUCAAAGGUAACAAUUACCUUUUUUCUUAAACUGGAUGUUGAGUCCACUAGUGUUUACUACAUCGUAAUCUCUUUUUUUUUUUUUUCAAAAAUACAUCCUGUAUCAAUUCUAAUGAUCACUUUAAAGAGAUGGUAACCAUGCUUUAAGGCAGUAGCUAAGGACAGAAAAUUGUCUGGAGGGAUGAGAUCACUUUCUAUGGAGGUAUCAUGGCACGGUGCUGAGAAGUGACAUUCCAGUGAGACUUCCAAGUAGGUGAGAGAUUUAGAUGAGCAGAAAGGAGACCAUGUGGGCAAUCUGAGAAAGGGACAUGAGUUCUGGAAAGAACCAUUGGAUACACUAGUUUGUUUCCCAGAACUGCUGUAGGGAAUGCCAGAAGAUAAUUGGGCUGCAUCUUAGAAGAACCUGAGGGUUGAUUUAAACUUUAUAACAGACAACUACCAUUCCAAAACUGUCAUGUAACUUUACAGUUUUUAAGAUGAGCCAAGUUUAGGCUAAGCAGAAAAAUCACAGUAAAAGAAAAUAAUUUCAAUGAUAGUUCCUCAAAAAAAUAAAAAUAGAAAUACCAUUUGACCCAGGAAUUCCACUCCUAGGAAUUUACCCAAAGAAAACAAGUUCUCAGAUUCAAAAAGACAUAUGCACCCCUAUGUUUAUCGCAGCACUAUUUACAAUAGCCAAUAUAUGGAAGCAACCUGAGUGUCCAUCAGUAGGUGAAUGGAUAAAGAAGAUGUGGUACAUAUACACAAUGGAAUACUAUUCAGCCAUAAGAAGAUAACAAAUCCUACCAUUCACAACAAUAUGGAUGGAACUAGAGGGUAUAAGCUCAGUGAAAUAAGCCAGGCAGAGAAAGACAAAUACCAAUGAUUUCCCUCAAUUGUGGAGUAUAACAACAAAGCAAACUGAAGGAACAAAACAGCAUUAGACUCACAGACCCCAAGAAGGAACUAGCAGUUACCAAAGGGGAGGGGUGGGGGAGAGCAGGUGGGGAGGAAGGGAGAAGGGGAUUGAGGGGUGUUAUGAUUGGUACACAUGGUAUGGGGGGUUCCAGGGAAGACAGUGUAGCAGAGAAGACAAGUAGUGUCUGGCAUCUUACUACACUGUUGGACAGUGACUGCAGUGGGAUAUGGGGGGUACUCUAUAAUAUGGGUGAAUGUAGUAACCACAUUGUUUUUCAUAUGAAACCUUCAUAAGUGUAUAUCAAUGAUACAUUAAUUAAAAAUAUGAUUUCAUAAAGAUUUAUGGCUAUUUCUAUGAAGUGUUACUAAAAGUGAUACGGUUUUCAUCUCCUGAUGCAGUGUUUUAUCAAGGCAAGGCUCAUCAAUGGAUGCUAAAACUGUGGGAUGAAAGGUUCAGGAACAGGAUCUUCACAAGUAUUUAAAUAUAAUCCCGCAGGUGCUAUAUCAGUUACAAAGGAGAAAAUGGAAAGAUCUUAUAGUCACUGCAAGAACCACGUCAUCAAAUUUAGUGUCACCAAAGGUGGGUUGGCCUAACCUUAUGCCUCUACUGAUGUGUAUGAAUUACACAUUAUCACCUAUUUAGUUUUCUUGCCCAAGCAUUUAACUGGAAUUUAGCCAUGAGGAAAUUAUUAGAAAAAUCCUGAAUGAAGUCAUUCUGUAAGAUAAUUAACUUAGGCUUCUCAAAAAGUAUCAUAAAUUAUAAAGAGAAUAGAAAGAAUGGCCAAAUGCAUCACUUGAAUCUUGAUUGUAUCCUGAAUUUUUUUAUUAAAGUAUCAUUGAUAUACAAUCUUAUGAUGGUUUCACAGACCCAAAACUGUGGUUCAACAUUCAGCCCAUAUUAUCAAGACCUCAACCCCUCUAUUGCAGUCACUGUCUAUUAAUGUAGUAAGAUGUUAGAGUCAUUAAUUGUAUUCUCUGUGCUGUACUACCAUCCCAGUGACCUAAGUAUGUUGUGAUUGUGAAUUAUAGUGCCCCUUAAUUCCCUUCUCCCUCCCCAACCAUAGUCCCUUCUCCCAUGUCUAUGAGUCUACUGCUUUCUUUGUUCCUUCUGUUUCACUUUGUUUUUAUCCUCCACAAAUGGGUGAAGUCAUUUGGUAUUUGUCUUUCUCCACCUGGCUUAUUUCACUGAGCAUAAUACCCUCUAGAUCUAUCCAUGUUGUUUUAAAUGUAUCCUGAAUAUAAAAAAAAAUAAAACAACCCAGGAAAUAGCUAUGAAAGACAUUUAUGAAACAAUUGAGAACAUUUGAAUAUGGACUGCAUAUUAGAUGACAUUAUGGAAUAAUUGUUCACUUUUUAGGUGUGAUAAUGAUAUUGUGGUCAUGCAGGAAAAUGUCUUAUUCUUAGGUAAUGCAUGCAGAGAUAUUUAGGAGUGAAGUGUCAUGAUAUUUGCAACUUUCAAAUGUUUAGAAAAAAUCUAGAGAGAGAGAAAGCAAAUGGGGCAAAAUAUUGGUAAGUGAACAAUUGAUAAAUCUAGGUGGAGGGUAUAGAAGUGUUUCUUAUAUUAGUCUUUGAGCUUUUCUGUAGAUUCAAAAUUUUUCUGGAAGGAGAGAAAUCUUUAAAAACCAGUAUUAUCUGGAUUUAAUGAAAAGGCUAUAUGCUCAAAAGAAAAACAUGGCAAAUUAGUGAGAAUGUAGCUUUAUUUUACCUUUCAUUUUAAUAUUUCUAUUAUGAAAUAAAUACAGCAUCUCUUGGAAGAUUUUAUUUAUUUGUGAGUAUAUAUUUUUCUCAGCCUCAAAGGAAUAGUAAAUAAAAAGUAUCCUUUUAAUCAGAGCAGAGGGGGAAAGGGCAAAGGCCAGGGAUCUUAUUUGCCAAUUGAAAUGAGAUUUUGAAAGAGCUAUUGUGACCUAGUUGCUUCACUAGAAACAGACUUUCUAGGAAAUUUUUAUCACUAACCACACAUAUUUACACUAAGUAAACAUGCGUUUAGCAUAAAUACAUAUAUGUAUCACCACACACACUUCACAAACAUUUUCUGUUGAUGUUAUAGUUAGCUUAUAUACGUGUACACACAUACAUGUAUCUUGGUAUGUGUAUGGUCAGCUGCAUAAUUUGUGGGACCCAAUGCAAAAUGAAAAUUUGAGACCCUAGUUCAAGUAAGUAUAGGGCACUUCUGAGCAUGGGGCCUUUGCAGUGCAGAUUGUGUGUCCACAAAGACGUGUGUGUGUGGAUACACACACAUAUAUGUACACACAUUUAUAUGUGUUUGAGACAAAAUAUUUAAAAGCCUAAAUACCAGCUUUUCGAAGACUCCAUAUCCAGCACGCUUGCUAGUGACAUAAACACGUAACGUCCACUUUCCACUUGAAUGUUCAACAUAACUUGAGGUUCCUGGCAUGUUAACUUUUCAUUAUGGAAUAUUGAAUCAUUUCAAGAUUAUUUAUAUUUUUCUUGUUUUUUUGUAAAGCAUACACAAAGUCAGAGAAUAGAAUAAUGAAACUCCAUGUACCCAUCACCCAGUUUCAACCACUAUCAAUAUUCUGCCUGUCUUGUCAUACCUACCCCCUUCUUUUUCAAAAAUUUCAUUUGCUGGAGUGUUUUAAAGUAAAUCCCAAGUAUUAUAUCAUUUCACUUGUAAAUACUUAAAAAUGUAUCUCUAACACAUAAGAGUUUAAAAUUUCAACAAAACCACAGUAUCACUGUCACUCAACAAAAUGAGUAAGAUUUCCUUAAUUAUCAUACAAAUCAGUCUGUAUUCAGUUUUCAUUUCAAAAAUAUAAUUUUGCUGUUUGUUUAGAUCAGGAUCCAACAGGCAUUUAGUUGAUGGCUCUUCUACUCUAUCACAUCGAGCCAUUUUUAAUUUCUUCUUGCUGUUUAUUUGAGAAAGGAACUGGAUCAUACACCCUGUAGAAUUUCCUAACUUAACGAUUUGACUUAUGGUAUCCCUGUAGUGCCUAGUUAGAACUAGAAGCUUGAUUUGAUCCUGGCUCAUAAAACUUUUCCAAGAAUAGCCCAUAGGUGAUGCUGUAUACUUUCUUUUGCAUCACUUCAUAAAGAACAUCAUGUCUUGUUGCCCCACUUUCAGUGAUUCUAAGAUUGAUUGGUGGGCUCUGGUGGUGUUAGUUACUAUAAAUUUCUCACCUAAUGGUUUCAGCAAGCAUUGGUGAUUGUUGCCUGGAUCCUUUAUUUCAUUAGAGAUUGCAAAAUAGUGAUAUUCAGAUUCUCGCAAGCCUCUUGCCUUUAUCUGCAAUUGUUCUAUAAGAAAUUUUCUCUAAAGCUGAAUGGGAAAGAUGGAAUAUUCACUCAUUCUUAGAAGGAAUUGGUGCCCUCCCAACCUCCAAAAGUGACAUGUGGUUUUGUUUUUUAAGCAGGGAUGUGACCCAACCAGUACUUUGGAACAAUGUGUUUAGAAUAGUUUGGAGCAGGAAGAUGCUAAAUCUGAAAGGCCAGAGUGCUGAGAGGCUGAGAAGCCCUUAACAAUAGGAGGUGGCAGAACCAAGAGGAGUUAACAACUAACUGAAUGUGAGGGUUAAGGAAAAGGUAAGCAUCAGAGGUUGCCUUCAGGUUUGUUUGAAGGUGAGUGGCAGAGGUAGGAUGUCAUUAAAAGAAAUACAGGUCUCAAUCAAAUCGAGCCCCAAAGAGCCACACUUUAGAGAAAUGUUUUGUCUCACACUUUUACCUAUUGUACAGUUUUUAGUUAGUUAGAACAUUUAAGCUGACAGUGGGGCCACAUACAUCUGUCAGCAUGGUGAGGUAGAGCACAUUUGGGAGGUGAAAUGCUGGUUCUUAUUUGGAGAUGCUGGGUUUGAGGUGCUGCCAGCAUAUUCAGAUGAACAUGUAGACCAGACUGCCGGAAAUGCAAGAUAGGAACUUGGGAGAAAGGAUGGACUGGAAUCAUACAUAGAAGUGAUGUGUGUGUUAGCUAGAAGUAACCCUGAUGCAUGCUUAACUUUGAAUCCAAGAGAUUGCCAUGUGAGGGAUUAUAUGGAGGAAAGAGGGCUAAAGAACUAAGCAUGGAGGACAUCUUCAUUUCAGUAUUUACUCUUCAUAUCUUAAUGUCAAUCCAGUGCCUAAUGUCUGAUUUUAUAUCUGUGACUAUUGCCUAUCCCAGUCCUACAUUUCCUCAGAACAGUCUCAGAUGAAGGGACUGCAGUUGGUAGGUAUAUUGGCUUAAACUCUAACUAAAACUAGUUAAAAUUGUAAGGUAUUAUAAAAUCUCUCUAAAAUAUGUGUGGCUUUUUAGAGGUUAAUUUGAUUGAGAACUAUUAGUUUCCUAAAGCUGUUAUAACAAAUUACCACAAACUUGGGGGCUUAAAACAACCCACACUGGUUUUCUUACAGUUCCAAAGGCCAGAAGUCUGAAAUGGGCUGAAGUCAGGUGGCAGGGCCAGCCUCCUCUGGAGGCUACCAUUCUGCAGCCAAUGUUCAUUGUUACCUGAACAGGCCUUCAGACAGAUCAGCUCGGUGUUAACCUGAAUAGACUUUUGCACUCAGGGGCUCUCUACCAUGGUUUCUACUUGAAAUUCCCCUUAAUACAGCUUUAUUUUAAGAGAUAUAAUUCACAUGCCAUUCAAUUCACCCAUUUAAAGUACAAAGUUCAGUGACAUUUAGUAUAUUUAGAACUGUACAAUCAUUGCUACCUAAGUUCUAAAACAUUUUUGUCACCCCAACAAGAAACGCUGUACUGAUCAGCAAUCAUUCCUCUUCUCCCCUCAACUCUAGACAACCACUAUCUACUUUCUGUCUCUAUAGAUUUGCCAAUUCUGGACAUUUAGAUGGAAUCAUAAAAUACCUGUGUUUUUCACUUAGUGUGUUAUAAGAUUCGAUCACAUUGUAGAGCAGAUUAGCACCUCAUUCCUUUUUAUUGCCAAUUAAUACUCAAUUAUAUGGACAUACCACAUUUUAUUUAUCCAUUCAUCAGUUGAUGGACAUUUGGUUGUUUCCACUUUCCUGCUGUUAUGAACAACAUUACUAUGAAUUUUCUGGUGUACAAGUUUUAUGUGGAUAUGUAUUUUCAUUUCAGGUAUCAAAUAUAGGAGCGGAAAUGCUGGGUCAUAUUUUCACUUCUUCCUUAUAACUUUGCCUACUAAAGUUACAUUCAGAACUCAAAGUCCAUGCUGCUUCCAUAGUGUCCCACCGUCUCACACUUCAAGUGAAACUUCCAUAGUUUGGUGUUUCAGUAUUGUGUUUACCAGUUUGCCUUGGAGCUCAGUUAUUCCUGAACGGCAGUUUGCCUCAUACUGUCAAUUUCUGGAAGACAGGAACAGGCUCUCUCAUUUUUGUAUACCCCAAGGCAGUGAGUGUACUACCAUAUAUAAAGCAGGAACUUUGUAAGUGCUUUUGUAUUGGUGGAGAAUAAAAUUGUUAAGAAUUUUAUAUGCUUGUUCCUGCAAAAUGUGUCUAAUACAAAAUAGUAAUAAUGUUCACUUUCACGUUUCAACAGUUAAAUGGCAAACAGCACCUGAAGUAAAGGUGUCUAAGGUAAACCAGUUUGGUACAUUAAAGUUGGUCUAUUUUGAAAUUUAGAUGCUCCAGUAUUCAGGAUUUAUAAUUAAGAAAAUGAAGCAUUUUAGAACUAGGACUUCGAAAAUAAACAUAGCAUGGUGAACAAAAGUAAAUGACAAUGUUAAAACUUACUGUUUCAAAUUCUAAAUAUUCAAAAGCAAAUUUAAAAAUCCUUCUCAAUGUUUUA